AUAUAGUUGGACACUCACCGCUAACAUUUCGCGCACUUGUUAUCCCGCUAAAAUUGCACCGUCUUUCAAAAGGGUCUUUAAAUUCGCCACACAUUGGCUGUUGCGUCGUUUUGUGCUGUGAAAAUAAGCUGCACAUAUCAGAAUUGCAGUUGCAAGCGAGUACUCGUGUUGCGCAGUAAAAUGUUCAAUGUGAAUCCCAUUUUCGCGGAGCCAGAAGCCAACGAGAAUCUUUCGAACGUCGGAGACGACGACAUUUUGCGCCAACGCUUUAGUCAGUUCCAAGAGCAAAAGUUAGUGGAAAAAUUCUGCCGCGAGACACAUUUGCUGAAAAUAGUCGAAGGGACCGUUGCAGCAUUCAUCGAGGACUACAGACGCACACGCACACCCGAAAAACUGCUGACGCCAUUGCUGCUGCGCCUCGACUUUAUCUACGCUGAUCUGUUGACGCAUGCUCCAUCGCUGUUGCCGCUCAUUGUCGAAGAGCCCCUGCAGUUUGGCCUAGCCGUCAAGUAUUCGGUGUACGGCCUAGUGCGGGACCAAUUGAAGGUAGCCGGCCUCAAGCCAAUCGACAUUGGCCAGUUGCACGCACAGUGGCGCGUCGUGGGGCUGCCCUACAGUCCCAAUUUGCUGUUUGAUCCGGCCGCGCAUUCGCUACGCCUCGGCCUGUCCCUGGUCCAGGGCAUCCUUUCGGCCUAUACCCCAACUGAGACACUGGUCCUCCAAUCGACUUGGUACUGCGGCAGCGGGUGCAUGCGCAACGCACUGCAAACCAGCGCCACAGAUGCGCCAUUGUGCCCCAAUUGCUCGCGGCCCAUGAGUGAAUACCAAAAAUUGAGAGUAACAGAGACCUAUCGCCUGCUAGCCAUUCUGCCCAGCUCCUGCGUUCAGACGCCGCGCUCCGUUGACCGUAUCCAUCGCCCUACCAUAGUACGGCUUAGAGCAUAUGCCUACACCUGCGACCUGAAGUUGGGAGCCAAAUACCUAAUCACUGGGCAUUUUUCCGGAUCUACGAAUUACAGCUUUGAAGCAUGUCAUCUAAAAAGCGCCUAGGGGCACGCCGCCAGGGUAC